GGUCGGCUCAUCCAGUCUGUUCCCAAGUUAUUUUCCAAGAACACCAUGGUUUUGUUGGGUCUCUUAGCUGUCUUGUUUUUGGGCCUAUGUUCUACUGUCCAGGCAUCUUUGGUAAAAUGCUCUUGUGAACCUGGUGCGCCGGGGGAGCGAGGACCUCCCGGUCCUCCUGGGCCUCCAGGAAACCCUAACGGUGGUUCCGGGUUCUGGGGCUAUGGCGGUCCGUAUCCUCCGAUUAUUCCGGGACCUAGAGGAUUACCAGGACCCCCGGGCCCUCCUGGAUUUUGCUUCCCCUGUCCGGCGGCUCCACCUUUGCGAACUUUUGCGCCACCUGGAGUUCCUGUUCAACCUUUUGUUUCCACCCAAGCGGUUCCUGGUGGCGGAUUUGGUGGAGCCUCCGCCUUGACCACCGCAGUGGGUAACAUUAUAGUGAUUCCUGCAGGUACGGGAACUGGAUUAACUGGUCGUGCACAGUUCUUCCAUAUUACACCCGAUGGUCAGGUGUUGCAGAUCGAUCGGCCACAAAAUCUACCCAGUGAACUGUUCGAUUCACCGGUUAAUCAAGGUGGAGGUGCUCAAGUUCCGCCACCUCAGCCCACAUCGUCAUCUCUGUCGGGGAUUACACCGCCGGCAAUUCAGUUGGCACCUACUCAACCCACUCCCGGAGAACUGGGAAAUCCGCAGACCACAUUACUACCGGAAAAUGUAGAGGAAACCGUAUUUGCAGUGGGCAAUCGCAAGGAUUUCCUGCGAGGCAGCUCGGAUGCCAGCGAUUGGAGGAGGAUCCUCCUCUUGGGCGAAAGAUCCCACGAUAAUCUAAUGGCUGCCAAGGGUCAAUCCGUCCAGCAGCAUAAUCCCAAACAGCUGGAGAGCAGCAUGGAAAACUUUCAGAGGGCUCUGGCCGAGCUGAAGGAGAAGUAUGCCACGCUCGUCCAACCCCGUAGUGCUAGCCAAUAUGCAGUAAUCAUUUGA